AUACUGAUCAUCAGAAGCAAAAAUCCCCUUCCCACCCUCUCACAUCCACACCAGCGGAAAAAAGUAAUAAUCCCCACCGCCCAACCCUAACCCCCACCCUCCCCGGCGCGUGCGAUGCUUCGGCGCCGGCGGCGGCCACGGGUGGUGCAGUGAUGGUGGGCUUCUUCCGCAGCGGCAACCUUGCCUCCAGGGUGUUCGACCGCCAGUUCCUCUCUCCGCGCCCCGGCGCAACCGUUAAUACUGUCAGACAAUUCUAUGAGAAUUUGGUUCCAAGUUACACUAUAUACGACAUAGAUUGCCCAGAUUAUUCGUUUCGCAAGUUCACUGAUGAUGGCAAGUAUCUUGUGGCCUUUAGUCGAAACCACCAAGAUUUGAUUGUGUACCGUCCCAUCUGGUUAACGUUUUCAUGCCAUGAAGAAUGUGAUUCUCAUGAUCUUCCGGCCAAUGCAGAGAGAUUUGACAGUUUCUUUAAGCAGCUCUACUCAAUCUCACUUGCAUCCAGCAAUGAGUACAUUUGUAAGGACUUUUUCCUUUACAUGGAGUGCCAUCAAUAUGGCUUAUUUGCAACGUCAACUGCACAAAGUAAUGACUCAAGUGCCACUGACGGUGCAAUUCACGGGGUACCAUCAAUUGAGAAAAUAACUUUCUAUCUUGUGAGGCUAGAAGAUGGUGCAAUACUAGACGAGAAAGCUUUCUGCAAUGAUUUUAUCAAUUUGGCUCAUAGUAUUGGUGCUUACUUGUAUGAGGAUCUGGUUUGCAUUGUCUCUCUACGAUAUCAAACAAUACAUGUCCUACAAAUCCGAGAUUCAGGCAGCCUUGUUGAGGUACGGAGAAUUGGUGCAUUUUGCCGGGAAGAUGAUGAACUAUUUCUUUAUUCACAUGGCCAGGCUGCACAAGGGAAUUCUUUUCUUCCUGGCAUCAAGCAACGGUUGCUAUCAUUUAUUUUUCGGAAGACUUGGAAUGAGGAACCUGAUCAGGCUUUGAGGGUCCAGCAUCUGAAGAAGAAAUUUUAUUUUCACUUUCAAGACUAUGUGGAUCUUAUCAUAUGGAAGGUACAGUUUUUGGAUCGCCGUCACCUAUUUAUCAAGUUUGGUAGUGUCGAUGGAGGGGUUACUCGAAGCACUGAUCAAAACCUAGCAUUCUUUGCUGUGUACAACAUGGAGACGACAGAUAUUGUCUCACUCUAUCAGAAUUCUUCGGAGGAGCUGUAUUCAUUGUUUGAACAUUAUUAUGAUCAUUUCCAUGCAAAUCCUCAAAAUUCUUCACAUGAGAAAUUUAUCUCGUCGCAUUCCAAUAGUGUUCAUGCUCUUGAUCAACUUCGCACCAUUAAAAAUAAAGCAAGCAGCUCCUCACAG